UCUCCAUCUAUUUUCAGAAAUAGGUACUUUUCUACGAGUGUGGCGUUUUCGAAGCAAAGCAGACAUGAUAUUCUUCUAGUCUAAUUUUGUAAAUUGAUCGUUUCCCGUAGUGGAAAAAGUCGCAGAAAUCAGUGAUUACACCUGUGGAAGUGCAAAAUCUUGUUAUAAUAUCGCGAUUGACAUUAAAAUGCGCCCAGGUUUAGAGUCGAAACGAAUGGUGAGCGAUGGCGAGAAUACGGUGAUAGAUUUUUGGUGUUAAAUUUUGCUCCGUGUCAUCACCUCUAUACUUUCCGUGUACUUUGUAAAAGGACAAUAUUUGUUUAGAAUAGCUAUUUCGAGUGUUGUUACAAUUAAAACUUCGAUUAUUUCUGAAGAUUCUUGUUGGGGAAUUAUUUUGUGUUGUGAUUGACUGACCGGCUGAUAAUUACACGAGGCUUGUAUGUAUAUGUGACUUCUGCCUUCCACUAUUCGUGACACGCCUCAUAUAAUAAACCUAAAUUUGUGAAUCUGAAUUAUUUCUUUUGAUACUGUGUCAUUUUAGUGAUAUUGAUGUUUAAAAAUUACGUAACUGUUGUGGAAUCUGGAAGUGUAUAAAGAAUGGCCUGAGUGUGACCACUCCAUUACCGUCAUGUGUGACGAAGGAAUGUUUAUUUAGGCUCUAAUAUUGUGCUACGACCUACGGAAGUGCGCGUUCGUCUCGUGGAUUGAGUCGGAUCAUGACUCUACCCGAAUCAAAACAAGUUUCGCAUUGAUCGCUCUCGACGUAUUGUCAUUUGGGGACACUUUAUUAUUGUCAAAAUGUCUUCGGCAGCGUUUGUGGACAGGAUUGAUCCUUUCGCCAAGCGAUCACUGAAGAAAAAGGCGAAGAAGUCGCAAGGAUCCUCUCGGUAUCGCAACACGCAGGACGUGGAACUCCAGGCGUUACCGCUUCUCAAAGAUGUUCCAAGCAGUGAACAGGAGGAGCUUUUUAUUCGCAAGUUACGACAGUGCUGCGUGGCUUUCGAUUUCAUGGAUCCAGUUGCUGAUUUGAAGGGGAAGGAGAUCAAACGUGCCACGCUCAACGAGCUUGUAGAGUACAUCACUGGGGGACGUGGAGUGCUCACCGAGCCAGUCUAUCCAGAGAUCAUCAAAAUGAUCGCCACGAAUUUGUUCCGCACUUUGCCGCCGAGUGAAAAUCCUGAUUUUGACCCUGAAGAGGACGAUCCGACUCUGGAGGCCUCGUGGCCACAUCUACAACUAGUCUAUGAGUUCUUCUUGCGCUUCCUCGAGUCAGCUGACUUUCAGCCCACUAUUGGCAAGAAGGUCAUUGACCAAAAAUUUGUUUUGCAGCUUUUAGAUUUGUUCGACUCCGAAGAUCCGCGCGAGCGCGACUUCCUCAAAACGGUGCUCCACCGCAUAUACGGCAAGUUCUUGGGACUGCGCGCCUUCAUAAGGAAACAAAUCAACAACAUAUUCCUGCGAUUUGUCUACGAAACCGAGCAUUUCAAUGGCGUGGGCGAACUGUUGGAAAUAUUGGGAAGUAUAAUAAACGGGUUCGCCCUGCCUCUGAAGAGCGAGCACAAGCAGUUCCUUGUCAAGGUGCUGUUGCCGCUCCACAAGGUGAAGUGCUUGUCGUUGUACCACGCGCAGCUCGCGUACUGCGUCGUCCAGUUCCUGGAGAAGGAUGCCACGCUCACGGAGCCGGUGGUGCGCGGGCUACUUAAGUUUUGGCCCAAGACUUGCUCCCAAAAAGAGGUGAUGUUCUUGGGAGAGAUAGAAGAGAUACUGGACGUAAUUGAGCCAGCUCAGUUUGCGAAAAUCCAAGAGCCACUCUUUAGACAAAUAGCGAAAUGUGUGUCUAGUCCACACUUUCAGGUAGCGGAAAGAGCACUCUACUUCUGGAACGAUGAAUACAUAAUGUCGCUGAUGGAGGAGAACAUCCACGUUAUCAUGCCGAUCAUGUUCCCCGCGCUUUACCGGAUCAGCAAGGAGCACUGGAACCAGACCAUCGUGGCGCUCGUCUACAAUGUACUCAAGACCUUCAUGGAAAUGAACUCUAAACUGUUUGAUGAACUAACUUCUAGCUACAAAGCGGAACGGCAAAAAGAGAAAAAGCGCGAGAAGGAGCGCGACGAGCUGUGGAAGCGGCUGGGCGAGCUGGAGCUGUCGCACAAGCGGCAGGCCUCCAAGUGAUGGCAGCGAGCGCAGCCCUAGACUAAUGCCACACGUUUUAUUUUCAAUUAUGUCCAUCUUAUAUAUAUUUUCUAUUCGAUUACCUUUGUUAGUGACCUUAUUGAUUUUUUAUACCUCUAAUGAUUCAUUCGUUAGCAUUAUACAUACCCAUGCCUCGGGCCGCCUUUCCACUAGCUGCCGAAGAAUGGUAGAAGAUAAUAUGUCUAUUUCCAUCAUAAAGAAGUGGAGCAGGUGUGUGUGUAUGAAUUGCGUGAAGGAUCUUUUAUAUGCCCGAUUACUAAACUUUGCAAUAAGAUUUUCUAUGAAAUUAAUCCUAGAAGAUGUGAUGGUUUUGUAGAUUCAUUUGAAUUAUCAGUGUCUAUAAAAUCAAACAUUGAUGUAACGCUUCUGUAAUCAGAGAGUACCUCUAGGGCUAAAUGUUUUGACUUACAAAAGAUCUUUUAUACUUGAGUGCAAGCUAUGCAUCAAAGUUUGUCUAUGCUGCACUAUAUACUCGAUGUCCCUAGCUCAAGUUGUUUGCUUUUGUACUCGUUAUACAAUCGGUUCGAGGUCUCUGAAACUUGUUCCACCGUAAUAAUGAGCAGACAGCCUAUCAGCGAUGUCGCGUGCAGUGGAAGGGCCGCCUUAUGAUUCGGUUCGCUCGUGGGCUCCCGUUGGGCCGAUCUCGUUCGGCGAAUCUUUACAAAUUACUAUAGUGAGGGCGCGUGGAGCGUUGGUUUCGCGUCUACGUGAAUAUUAGUUUACUUUAGGGUUUUAAUAUCGUUAAAUUGUUUAAAUAAGUUAAAGUUGUAUGUAAUCCGGAGACGAUCGACUAUACAUAUUAACUGUAACGUAAAGUACUGCAUUACGGAUCACCGAUAUUUGUAUUAAACGGGCACCCAGCUUUGGCUGAUUAAAUUGUACAAAAUUAAUAGGAAAAUUCGAUGAUGUAAUUUGUUUAGAUGUGCGGCUGAGACGGCGAUGCGGUGUGUGUGUGAAAUGUUCUAGCGAGCGUCACUGUGCCGAAGCGCCGCCUCGGCCACCUCUGUAGAUCGUUGUAAUAAAAUUUCUUUUCAAAAUUAGAUGCUCGAUUCAACGUGUAAUUUCGUCGAACUAUCAUUUUGUUAUCAUUUUGUAUAGUUACAUAGUGUAAAUAGGCAUUUAUUUAUUAUAAAUUUAUAGCGAUGUGAUUUUUAUACAUAGCUGCGGGAGAGGGACAUUGAUUGGGCAAAAUCGGUCAGAGCGAACUCGAACAUUGUAUCGACACCGGCGUAAAGUUAAUUUGAUGAUAUUGGAUUGAAGUAGACGGAUGCUAAAAGUAGAUAUAAUAAUUUGUAAGGGAAUAGUCAUUAAUUUGUAUGAUAUUACAGUAGAAUUUUGAUUUUUAUGAUCACUUUUUAGAGGCCCGCCGACGCCCGGCCGCGCUGUAUAUACGACACGAUACGCGCCGACUACUGCGUAUGAUGUAUGUACACUGAGAUGUUUGUUAUGUAAAAUGUAUUAACAUUGCAAAAAUUAUAUAUGAUCUUAUAUAUAAACUCUUAUUAUAGAACACAGUAUGAAAAUAAAAAAGUUGACUCACA